AUGUCCCGUUCUUCUCGCACAGGUGAAUUGGUAUACGAUCCUGAGGUUGAGAAGGCAGCGCGUAGGCGGAGGCAAGAGACCAAGAGGCAAAAAGAAGGGCACUUAUUCACUGCAAACGAGUCAGCGGAAGACGAAGUAAGCAUGACCAACACCCAAACAUUGAGGGACCUGGCUGCCCCGGAGCUGACUCACCAGCCCUUAUGCAUCACAUUCCCCACUUUGGCUGAGAAUACUGCUUUCGAACUAAAGUCGGGGUUGAUUCACCUCCUACCUUCUUUCCAUGGCCUCUCUGGCGAAGAACCCCACAAACACGUCAAGGAGUUCGAGGUAGUUUGCUCUAACAUGAAACCUCUUGGGGUGACUGAGGAGCAGAUAAGACUUAGAGCUUUCCCCUUCUCUCUCAAGGAUGCAGCAAAAGAUUGGCUAUACUACCUACCAACGGGUAGUAUUACCACAUGGGCACAGUUAAAAAAGAAGUUUUUGAAAAAAUUCUUCCCUGCAUCCCGGGCUGCGAGUUUGAGGAAGGAGAUCUGCGGCAUUAAACAACAUCCCAGUGAGUCCUUGUAUGAAUACUGGGAAAGGUUUAACAAGUUGUGCACUAGAUGCCCGCAGCAUCAAAUUAGUGAACAACUGUUAAUCCAAUACUUCUAUGAAGGGCUCCAAUCAACCGAUAGGAGUAUCAUUGAUACUGCGAAAGGGGGAGCACUUGCAAACAAGACACCGAGAGAAGCGUGGGAGCUCAUCGAAGCCAUGGCAGAGAACUCCCAGCAAUUUGGUUUACGUGAGAGCAAGCCUCCCCGUAGAAUCAACGAGGUAGAGACUUCAUCCAUACAGCAGCAACUGUCAGAAUUGACGUCUGUUGUUAGGCAAUUAGCCAUGAGAGACACGCCGCGAGCAAAGGUGUGUGAAAUUUGUACCAGCAUGGACCAUUGCACGGACACGUGCCCCAUUUUGCAAGAGGACGGGGCGGAACAGGUAAACAUGGCCGAAGGCGUGCCCGCGCCCCACAGGCAGUACGACCCGUACUCCAAUACGUACAAUCCGGGCUGGAGGGACCAUCCCAAUCUCAGUUAUGGGAACAAGCAACAAAAUUCAUUUCCGAAUCGUCCACCAGGAUUCCACCAGCCAUGGCAAUCAAAAUCUCAACCCUCGUCCUCCAAUUCAGGAAGCUCCCUGGAGGACCUAGUCAAAAUCUUGGCCACGACUAAUACCCAGUUUCAACAGGAGAUCAGAUCCUUGGCCGCGAAUACCGCGCAGCUCCAGCAGGACACCAAAGCUGACAAGAAGGACCAAGAGGUUCGAAUAAGCAACUGGCAACUGCCAUCAAUCGCUUGGAGUCCCACGUUUAUGGGAAACUGUCAUCGCAACCCGAGGCUGGAGAAGACAAAAAAGGUAGAGAAGGAAAAAGAGCUUUUAGAUGUGUUCCGAAAAGUGGAGAUUAACAUCCCUUUACUGGAUGCAAUCAAGCAGAUACCGAAAUAUGCUAAAUUUCUCAAGGAUCUAUGCACCCAUAAGAGGAAACUGAGAGGGGACGAAAGAGUAGCGGUGGGAGAGAAUGUGUCAGCAAUGCUCCAAAGAAAGCUUCCACCCAAGUGUGGAGAUCCAGGUAUGUUCACGAUCCCCUGUAAGAUAGGGAAUACACCGAUCAGGAAAGCAAUGUUAGAUUUAGGGGCGUCAAUCAAUGUGAUGCCAAAGACCAUUUUUGCUUCUCUAAAUCUUGGGCCACUUAAAGAAACAGCCAUCAUAAUCCAACUAGCUGAUCGCACAAAUGCAUAUCCAGAGGGGCUAGUUGAGGAUGUCUUGGUUCAGGCGAUGAAGUAUCCAGAAGAAUCUAACUCGGUCUUUGCUUUGAGCGUUAUUGAGCCUUUUGUGCAGGAAACUUUCGAAUUAGAUGGCAAAGACGCAUUGGAAGUGGCUCUAAUCAAGCAUCUGGAGUUGGGUGUAACUCUUGAUGUGGACCUAAGGGAAGAUUUGCUCCAUGCUGUUGAAGCCUUACACUCACUUCCACCCGUAUCCCCAAGGUAUGAGCUUACUUCUCUUUUUGUGCCAGAGGCUCAGACAAAGUUGCUCCCUUCAGUUGUGCAGGCACCGGAGUUAGAACUAAAGCCCUCCCGAAGCAUCUAA